AUGGCAGCUCCUCGGGGCGAGGGGAGCCCAGGCCGAGAGCUGGGGGGCUGCAGGGGGCCCUGGGGAGCGCUGCGGGGGCCCCCCCAAGCCCUCCUGCCCUGCUCCUGCCCCUGCCCUGUGCUGGCCGGCUACAGCCUGCUGCCACCCCCCCUCAGCCUCCUGGCACCCUCGGUCUCACCAGCCUACGAGGUGCCGCCGGGGCUGCUGCCCAGCGCCGGGCUCUGCCCGCCCUGCUGCCGGCAGCCCCUCUCCGCGGAGCCGGGGCGGGCAAAGGCGGCGGCGGCGCGGGAGAGCACCGGGGCGCUGAAGGCCUGGCUGGCGCGGCACCCCAGGAACCCCUACCCCAGCAAGGGGGAGAAGGUGAUGCUGGCCGUCGUCAGCCGGAUGAGCCUCACGCAGGUCUCCACGUGGUUCGCCAACGCCCGCCGGCGCCUCAAGAAGGAGAACAAGGCGGGCGGUGCCGCGCGCGGCGCCUCGGACGGCGAGGACAGCGAGGGCGAGGGGGCUCUGCCGGGUGCCCCUCCCGGCCCUGACCCCAGCCCCGUGCAGGAUGGGUGCGGGGAAAACCCCGCGGCGGGGCCAGGCCCUGGGCAAGGCAAGGAGCCUCAGAAACCCAAGAUCUGGAGCGUGACGGCGAUGCUGGCAUCUCCCCCCAGGGAGAGCGGGAGCUCCCCGGCGGUGCAGGAGCAGGGGUAGGGCCAGGGCAGUCGAGACCUGUCCCCAGGGACCAGGUGGGGAGGGGACAGCCCCACAGACGGGCGGGGCAGGACAGACAACCAAGGGACCCGGCAGGGAGGGACG